GAUAUACUACGCCCUUCUGGAUUGACGACAAUUUGGGACCGACGGACAAUUUUCCCUCCCCAAAGAAUGUCAUGAGUAAAAUAGAUUAUGGGUGAAUUGAUUCACCUUGCAGGCGUCUGGAUUUUCUUCAAAUUUCCUGUAUCGCGUUCUCACGUCUCUAAAAGUUAUUCGUUAUUCUCCUUCUCUUCCCUUAUAGCCGGCUAGAACUGCCGGGAUUGUUUAGCAAUCAUGUCUGGAGAAACCAAUUCAUCAGGACAGCAGACACGGCGUGCAGCCAAUGCCUGCCAGAGAUGCCGCUCUCGCAAAGUCAAAUGUUCUGGGAAACAUCCGUGCAAUAACUGCGAAAAGCGCUCCCUUGAGUGCAUCUUUGACGAAGAGGAUAGAAAGAUUCUUGUGUCGGAGAGACUAUAUCAAGAACUGAAGCGAAAGGUCCAAGAUAUUGAGACGGGACAUUAUACGAGUAAUAAGCGUCGUCGAACUAGCCAGGAAGACGAGACAUAUGACGAGGAUAAUGUAGUGGAUGACAGAGAAAUUAGCCCGGAAAGUGCACCUGGAACGGGUGACGACCAACAUCAUUCGCGAGACGAACCAUGUUUUUCUUCCAAUCCUCUUGUCUCUCCCUCAAAGUAUAUAAAGGACAAAAAUGGAUCGAGACGCCGCACCUGGUAUUAUCUCGGCCCAAGUUCAACUUGGUCAUUUAGCCGUCGUGUACUCAACCUUCUCAAUGAACAACUCCGGCCUUCUACACCCCGGGAUAUACCUCUGGCUCAGGAUGGCGAUGCGUACAAAAUACGAUGGACCCGCGCGAAGCCUGAUGAGCCUCCAGACAUUUCAGCGCUACCCCCACUUGACUUUUCCAUCUACCUCAUGAACACUGUCAAAUUUAACCUUGGUCAAGUGUAUCGCUUGUUUGACGAGGAAGAGUUUCUUCGAAAUCUCUACGAAUUUUACGGGGAUUCAUUCAGGAAGGUUGACGAAUCUCGCCUAUGGUAUUGCCAAUUCCUCCUCAUCCUUGCGUUUGGAAAAGCCUUUUUGAUGAAUAGGAAGCCUACGUCCGAUGCUCCAGUUGGAGUAGAGUAUUUUGUCAGGGCAAUGAGUCUGUUACCAGAGUUUCCGGAGCUUUGGAUGGAGCCGAUACUCGCGAUCGAAGUGCUUGCGCUCAUCGCAUUAUAUCUCCAUUCCGUGGAUAUGCGGGAUUCCUCGUAUUGCUAUCUCGGACAAGCGCUUCGGAUGGCUGUAGUAGAGGGUCUACAUAGAUCUUUGCCGGUAGAACAGCUCGGGGAGAAGCUUGCACAGCGAUCCAGCAAUAUCUGGUGGACGGUGUACAUCCUAGAGAGAAAGCUUUCUUUAAGCUUGGGGGUCCCAGUGUUUGUUCGGGAAACCGAUAUUACCUCUGAGCUUGUCGAUCCAACGACCUCUCCUCCCCGGACGGCUGCGUUAGUGCUUAACGUUAAAAUCUCACGCGUGAUUUCCUACAUCCUAAAUACUGUAUAUGGUGUUGACGAGCGGCUCGAUGGUCAAUUUCCGCGUAAAAUUCGAUCAGUUCUCCGGCAAAUGGCUGGUCUAGCGACCGAGUUAGAAGCAGUGUUUGAAUCCAAGUUUAAGAAUUCAGUGGACUCGCUCUCCGGGGUCACCACCCGUCUGAACCUUGCAUUUCAUCAUUGCAUCAUCCUUGCAACCCGUCCUUUGAUCGUCUGCGUUCUUUCAAAACGGCUUGAGCAAUUAAGAGAGGCUGAUGCUCCCCGCACUAUAUCGUCCCCUGUGCAACAGCUCAUCAAUUGCUGUAUCGACUCCGCUAAAAAGUCUCUCCUGAUCCUUUCAGCGUUAUGCGAGCAUGGAUUAGUUGAAAAUUUUACUCAGUUUGACACGGAAUAUGCUUUCUCCGCGGCCUUCAUCUUGACGCUCACCUCUGCAAUCAUUCCGGGUGCUGUUCCUGACCGGGAGCACAAAGAGAUUGCUAAUGAAGUUCUCAAUGAGAUGAUUCGAAAAGGCAAUGCGGUUGCACAAUUCCGAAAAAACGAGUUGGCUAUCCUAGAUGACCUGGUCGAACCAUUACAUGCCGCUCAGAAUGGCCAGCAUGGGGCCCAGUCAAGCGUGGAAUUCACUGCUUCUUCAGAACUCUGUACUAAUGGAAACGGAACUUCUGGCUGGGAAAUCGUGAUUGGACACUCUCCGAAUUUAUCCAAACCUUCGCAACAAUUUACACGCACAUUGAGAGACACGGAGAUUCGCCUGAAUGGCGCUGGCACAAAGCACGACGAUUCGGCAUUCCCUCAUCGGCAGCAAGGACAUGACCGUCUGACCCCGUCUUCCGCUCUCCCUGCACCUUCUGGAAACAGUCGCCACAGCAGCGCUAUAACCCCCGAAGUAGAAGACCCCUUAACUUUCGACUGGGCAGACUUCCAUGGCAAUGUUGGACUGUCACCAGGCCAGAUGCUCUCGAUGGCCGACCAGCUAGAUAUCAAUAGCGUUUCGACGGACGCUGGGACAGACAGUGUCACUCAAGGAUGGAUAUGGAAUGAGAAUGCAUGAGAAAUUUUGCUUUUCCCCCCGCUUUCUUUUCCACCUUUAUCGGGGCAUUUAAAUUAUUCCUUGGGGGAUUCCACCAUGCUCCGUAUUUUCAUGACGGAAAAGUCUUUGUUCUAGGAGUUGGACUGGGAAAAGCGCAUACGGGCGUGAGUCACGCUUGUCUGUUGUCUGCUUUAGGAAAUUAUACCAUUUAGGCAAUUUGUUUCUUUUAGUUCAUAUACGUUUCAAGUUCGAACGAAGUUAGCUACGACCAAAUAUUCACUCACGAGAGAAGAUGCUAUGAGGAAC